AUGGGCUCCACGGUGACCAAGAUGACGAAGAAGUUCAAGAGCGACGGCCUCAGCGACGCCGAGUUCACCAUCGAGGACCUCGGUGAGGUCAAGAUCGGCCUCAAGGAGGUGCAGGCCAAGGAGGGCGGUGUGGACCUUGAGCAGUGGCGCAAGGUGUGGAAGAAGGCGUGCGACCUCGACGGCGACUUUGUUGACGGUCUGUUCCAGAUCUUCGACGAGGCCAACAACCAGUGGGUCGACUUCCGCGAGUACGCCAUCUGGGCUGCGCUCGUUGGCCGGACGCCGAUCCGCCGCAAGAUCUCGUACUGCUACCGCGUCUUUGACCGCAACGGCAACGGCGUGCUUGAGGAGAACGAGCUCAUUCUCCUCUGCGAGGCCGUCAUCCGGACCAUCAAGCGUGUGGUGUACAACACGCCCGGCACCGUCAACGAGGACGGCCACCAGUCGUUUGCCCUCACCGACAAGGAGACCGACGCCGCCAAGAGCAUGGCCAAGAAGAUCCUGAAGGAGUGCAAGGUCGACGACGACGAUGAGGACUCGGACGCCCCCGCCGGCGCAUCGUACAAGAACAUCCAGGCCAAGUGGGAGUCUGCCAAGGCGCUCAAGGACGUCAAGCACAUCCUCAACUUCUUCAACGACAUCACCGAGCAGCUCGAGACCCGCGGUGACGACUACACCGGCCCGUACUCGAAGAAGUACAAGUCGCACAAGGGCGACAAGAAGGGCAAGAGCAAGAAGGGCAAGAAGGGCAAGAAGGGCAAGGCCGCGGCCUCGUCCGCCGACGAGUCCGAGGAGCCGUCCAAGUCCAAGAAGGGCAAGGACAAGAAGGCUUCCAAGAAGGACAAGAAGGCUUCCAAGAAGGACAAGAAGGCCGACAAGAAGGCGUCCAAGAAGGACAAGAAGGCCGACAAGAAGGCGUCCAAGAAGGACAAGAAGGCUUCGAAGAAGGACAAGAAGAAGGGCAAGGCCGACGCUUCGUCCGCCGAUGAGUCCGAGGAGCCGUCCAAGUCCAAGAAGGGCAAGGACAAGAAGGCUUCCAAGAAGGACAAGAAGGCCGACAAGAAGGCGUCCAAGAAGGACAAGAAGGCUUCGAAGAAGGACAAGAAGAAGGGCAAGGCCGACGCUUCGUCCGCCGACGAGUCCGAGGAGCCGUCCAAGUCCAAGAAGGGCAAGGACAAGAAGGCGUCCAAGAAGGGCAAGUCCGACAAGGGCAAGGACAAGAAGGACAAGAAGGCGUCCAAGAAGGACAAGUCCGACAAGGGCAAGGACAAGAAGGGCAAGGACAAGGGCAAGGACAAGUCCGACAAGGGCAAGGACAAGGCCAAGGGCAAGGGCAAGAAGGCCAAGAAGGCCAAGAAGUAAGUCGCCGCUCGCUACUGCUCUCGCACCCCACCCCCCUCCACUCUGUCGCUCCUCUAGCUUGGCGCCGCCACACACACUCUCUUUCUCUCUUUCAUCUGAAAUGAAACCACCGUCACACUUG